AUGUGUUGGAAGGCUGUUGCUAAUAAUAUUCAGAAAGAAUAUGUUUGGUUAAUUUUAGUAUUUAUUAUAUUUUUAAAUAAACCCAUGUUUUCGGAUAACCAUCUUCUACAAGCCAAUACUAAGGUUAAAUGCACAUGUUUUUAA